AUGGCUGCCCGCCCGGGCAUCACCCUCGACCGUCCCCCGCCAGCACCGUCCUACUCACACCAGCCCCUCGCCGCCUCCGAUGCCCUCCUCGCUUCUGCCCUCGACCUCCCGAGCAACCCCUGCAUCGUCUACGCUCGCUUUACGCCCACCCAUGCCACCAACAACCCCCAGGAUGCCCUAGAGGCUGCACGGAGAUCCAUUCUAUCACGCAAUGCAUCGAAAUCGCUCCUCGACUCCCUCCUCCCAAGUGUUCACAUAUCGUCAUCGGACCCCUUCGUUUGCAUCUUCAAGCUCACCGAGGCCACUGCAGCGGACAGCACAACGGGCUACUUGCGCACGCUCGUCUUUGAUGGGCUCACAGUUCACCAAGUCUCCUCCUUUGCUCCCCCGAGCUCCUCCUCCCUACUACCUAACCCCGACGUCCGAAAUGUCACCGCACAUUUCUACCAAGCCGUCCGUCUGCGGAUAAUUGAUGACAUUGUUCGCGCCUCCUCUAAACCACAGGCUUCUUCCAUACGGAGGCUAGUCAGACGCUUCAAGGACGGCUUCUUGAUGAGUCAGAUCUCAUCCUCCUCCUCCGACUGGGAAUACGGUGCCAUCACAAGGCCCUUGAUAUUUUGCCAGCUUCAAGUACACUUCUCGUACUCUCCGGGAGGCUCUCCUUCCCACCUUGUUGUCCAUCCCACCCUCGUUCCAACGCCUUUCUUGGAUAUCUCCCGCGCUUUGCCACUCCCAGCAGGAACGCCAAUAACGUUGCUCCCAUUCGGAACUCCGGCCUAUUUUCUCGCCAGCUAUUCCGGGCCUACUGCCGGUCUAAUCAAGCAGUUCCAAACAUCUCUCCAGGGCCUGGGUGCAGGUGACUGGGAAAGCGUUCCCAAAUCGUCCACUGAUCAGACGCCCCCUUUCAUUAUUGGCUGGAUAAAGGUCGAGAAUAAGCAAGGUGAAGACAAGGGCCUAACCAUCAUCUAUCCGAGUAGACUGUGUCUCUCUUAUGCACCAUAUUCUUCUUCCCGACCACCAUUGGAACAUAUCCCUGAACUACCCGCGCCGCUCCAACCUUCACCCCAGGCUGCCCCUGCUAUCCCUCCAGGAAACUUUUCACCCUUAGACCCAGUCCGGCCUGCUUCAACACCAAUCACAUCACAUCCUAAACGACCCCCCAUAUUUACCACACCAACUACCGAGUCCUUAUAUUCAUUCCGAGCGCUGACCCUGUCAAAAGCCAAGGAUCUGCGUAGCAUUGCUACGGAAGUCGGGGGAUAUGUCGACGCCGUCGCACGCGAACGAGAACGAGAGCGCGAGAGGCUGAAGAGAGAGCGCGAAACCGGCACCAAUUGUUCCCCGAAACUGAUACGUACGGCUGCUACGACACCCGCCGCAGUGCCGACGCCGACGACUGUCGAUCUGUCAUUGUCUACGACUUCGUUUUCUCCUCCUCCGCUGCCUGGAGGACCAAGUCAGUUGCAACAAGCGCCUCCUCCUGCAUCUGGUCCUCAAUUGCAACCGUCUCUAAAUAUCCAACACUUCUACCCAUCUCCUCCUCAGACCGCACCCUCUGCAACCAAUACGUCGACAGAAGCCAAGACAUCACCAACCAUCGAGGCGUCGCCUUCCUAUCCACUACCCGAGUCUACUCCCACUGCUGCUGACGUACCUUCUGAAUCACUGAAUCCCCCAAUCCCCGCGACUGUCCUUCCUACUCCGAGCGCAUCCGCCAGCAGUAAUUCUACCGCCUAUGAUCCCUACCCAAUGGAUACUACCUGGUCUUCACAACCAGGCGACUCAUAUCUUGCUAUGGACAUGAAUAUGGACUUUGAAAUGGACGACAUGAUGGAUUUCGGACUCAACAUUGGGUCCAUGUCUGGAGGCACGAACAGUUCCGGAUUGGACAGCAUGGGCAUGGGUAUGAGUAUAUCCGGUUUGUCGUCUGGCGCGACCUCGUUUGGCGACCGUCGCAAUGUCAGCUUGGGUUCGGUAACUGGCGGGAACAUGGAGUUUGAGGAUGCCUUCACUGAUGAUGACUUCAGCUUUUUCGACAGGCCUCAAAGGGCUGUUCCCAUCCCUCCUGCACCAGCACAUCCACCUGUCCCUGCAAAUGUUGCACCAGUGAUGAGCCAUAGCCGCGACGCCAGUGGAUCUGGGCUGCUGGCUGCAAGCGCCCUGCCAGUGAACUCGCCACCCAAUUUCGGUGAUGUACACCAAUCCGGAGGCCCCGGACCGCCUGCUCCUUUUAAUGCCAGCCUCCAUCAUGCUGGGCCCAGUGGAACGACACAUAACCAGCAAAUGUGGACCCCAGGUGGGUUCAUGGAUGGGUUUACCCCUCGUUCUCUUGACCACCCAGACUCUGUACCACCUGAGCUCUUACCCUCGUCUCCUGGUCAAACCCCUGAGAGUCACUCGGCACCUGCGACGCCCAACGUCCACCUGGAGUUCGGUGGUUCUGCGGCCGGCAGCAGCUCAAAUAGCAACCAUUACGGCGGGAAACUGUUUGAACCCAUUCCAUUUGCGCCUUACCACCGGCAAGCAGAUGGGAAGUACUUCGCGGGCAAGUUCUCGUUCUCUCUGCCGACUCCGCCAGCAGAUGGCGACGAAACUGUCGCAGGUUUCGUUUCACUGCCGUCGUCGCCAAAUGGAUGGAGGAAUCAGUAUAAUGCUGCCACGGAUCCAAGAAUUGGAGUGGUCAAGAAGCUUAUUGGUGUCAAGCGCAAGACGCCAUUCGCGCAUGCCGCGCGAAACGCACCUCGGAGUUGUUCGUGGUUAAGCCAAGAAGAAUGGGAGAAACCUCAUUCUUCCUCCAAAGAGGAUGAUGCAAAAUCUGACGUAGAGUCGGAGGCCUCGUCAGAAGACUCAGAGGUGGAAGAGGAAGAAGAAGCGGAGGACAUUGACACUCCCAUGCUCUCGCGUCCGGCCACACCUCCGCCAUCCUACCUCCCACUUGGCCCUAGUCUACUAGCGACUCAAUUUUCGCAUAUGCAUCUCCUGCCACUAGCACAGCCUGUCCGACCUCCAGGCUCGGCUUUGGACGACUUGUCGCCCAUCGCCCUUGUUUCGGCUACCUCAACGUCCAGUCACCACCCCAACCCUCAUCCGAUCACAAUAAAUCCUCCGCCCUCUGUCCCUACUCCUGUAUCACCAGCGGCCACGAUGGGGGCAGCUUCAGAGAAGUCCCGUUCUUUCGAAGCAGCUGCGUUUGCUGUGGCGGCGGAAGUGGUUGAGAACCCCUUGUGGGCAGAGACGUGGCAUGCGAAUGCCGUGGGUGCGAAACCGGCCGCUGCGGUGUGGGCGACGGAUGUCCGGGCUGUUUCGAAGCUUAUGGGUAUUGCAUUAGGCUGCAAAAACGAGGAGGGCUGUUUUACGAUAGAGGACCUUUUCGGGUUGCACGUGUCAGCCACCGAUAAGACCCUCCGGCCCCUCGAAGCUCCUAUGGUCUCGAUUGGCAAAAGCAGCGUAAUUGGUAAAGGCGACGCGAUCAUGGAAGUGCUACCUUCGGCCCUUCGGUUCUGGGAGAAGCUUGGCUUGAAGCCAAAGGGCGGGCGGAAAGACCUCUCUGUCUUCGUUCUCUUUGAAGACGAUGGUGACAAGACACCAUUAAUGCAAAGCUGGUUGUCUGCUGUCAUGAAUACGUACCAGGCCAGACAUUAUGGUCUCAUGACUCCUGGAAAGUCAACUUCACCUGUUGACGGCCUUGUUCCGUUGAGAUUCGAUGCAUCCUUCCGCAAGAAUCUAUCGACGUUUUUCUCUCGUCUUCCCGCCUCUCAACCCACAACAAUGAUCUUCAUGAUAGUACCUGCGUCAAUGAUGACUUUGUCUUCCCCUACUCUGCGCCAAAUCCUCUCUGUGUCCAAGAAGAUGCUUGCAAACUCUCUACCUUGCAAAAUAGCCUUUGAAUUCGUUCCAGAGCAAGCUAUUCUCAGUGUGCUCGAACGCUCAACAGCUUACGACCCUGCGCUUGAUGUGCUUACGUCCUCUGUAUACAAUCGCAUCCUUGUGCCUAUCGAACGGUCAAGAGCGCGCCGGAUACCACCUUUCGAUGUUGACAGCACGUCGUAUCUCAUGGCGCCGUCCUUCACACUCGCGAGACCGGUGUACAACAAAGUCUCGUAUGUCCGCUCCGCACACACCUCGUUAGAUGUCAUGGAUAGAUACACUCUCCUGCACGUCGGGUACCACCUGUCAUCAUGUGGAAAGUGGAUCAUCGCAUGCUGUGUCGACCAAAGGGCAGAGAUGUAUGACCUGGGCGUGUGGUUGACGCAGUCUCCGACGAAUGGUGGACCAGAGCAUGAGAGUGCAGAAGGUGAGGCGACAGCGGUAGUUUCGGACGAGGAGUAUGCGGUGAAGAAGGUUUGGGACUUCGCAAUGCAAUUUUCUCGGAAGACCAAUGUCGAGUGGAGAGUUAUCUUUGCAAGGCUUGGGGUGUUGAACAAGAAAGAAAUGAACGGUAUGGACAUUUUGUCCUCCUCCUUAACUGAGACUGAUCUAUCAAUUCGCAGCUUGGACGAAUCAACUGAACAGCGUCGUCGCCCCAUCCUUCGACAGACCGCCGUUACACCACAGCCUUAUGUAACAACCCCGCCUCCGAGUACCUCAAACACACGGCCGUCUCCCCCAGGACGGUCGCCUUCCUCCUCGAAACCACAUACAGUCUUCACAGACACAUCGUCUACCACAUACGCCAUCCAUCCCCUUAACCGGAUGCCGAUCUCUCUUCCUCCGUCCCAGAUCGACCUUGGGCUAGAACAGUCCUUUGUGCCCGAAUCUGCUUCGCUCUCUUCAACGCCAUCGCCACAGCCCCAUACCUCCAUCCCAACACCUUUAGCUAGUGCACCAACACCCGCAGCUGAUUUCGUCCCAACUCCAUCCUCCGUCUCUACUUGUCACCCGCAUCCGUUAUCCUUCCUCCCUCUUCAUACCUCCCAUCUUAUUCGCAUACCCUCCAAAACGUCGUCCACCUCUAUCUCCUCACUAUCCUCGCUCUUUUCAACUGUGAUCACCCAGAUUUCUACGCAUCUGCUAUGCACAGUACACUCGUCGUCUUACAACCAUCCCAUUCAGGCGUCAUCACCUUCUGCCCAGGCACCUAGUGAUGAGCAGCUCAUGGUGGAUGUCACACGUAAUUUCUACGAGCUAGGCGUCCUUGGACGGGCAAGGCUAAAGUCGGGGAAGGAGACUGGAGGGCAAGAUUUGCCGUUCCAUCUAGCCGCUGUUGAUUCGAUGCGUGUUGCGCUCGAAAGAGACUGGGAUCGGCUCGACGCUGGAGUUGACGGCUGA